ACAACGGCACAGAAGAGCUCACAGAGAGAUGCUGCGCUUGGAAGUCGUGAUCUUGUCACUUCUUGUGAGCUGUGUGCUUGGAUGGCAUGAUCUAGAUAACACUGAGUUUGAUUGCUGGCCUCUGGAUGAUCCAGAUGAGCUAAAUAUGAUCAAUUGUGGAGGUCUGGAGAUGGCGUGGGUAGUGCGGCCUCCAAAGCGAGUAAUCAUUGGGGAGGAGUUUGAGGUGAUCUACUCAGUGACUGUGAAAGAGCACUUCUACCAGUGGGCAGUGGAUCACCACCUCUUCACACACAGCUCUAUCAGUAACGCAGCAGAGGCGCGCCACUUCUGUGAGGAGCACGACUGCCCCGACUGGAAGGACGCAAAUGGGGACAACUGCUGCAUCCACCACGCCAACAUCCACUCCUGUCCCAUGGGCUACCUGGUGAAGGAGAGAAUCUGUGGUCCCUGGAUUCCCGACGACGGCAGGAUAUUCACACACACCAUCUCGACCGCAGGCAAAAUGACCCAAACUAAUUGGACAGCCAAGGUGGUCUUGACACAUGAGGGUGAAACUUCUCUGAUUGCUCACAUCCGCGUGGGGAACAUGCAGGUGGCUCUGGAGUCCAAAAGCAUGGUUGACCGACCUACUGAUUGUGGGAAUGGCGUGUGUGAGGAGGGGGAGCUGUGCUCCACCUGUCCCGCUGAUUGCUCCGACUGCCCCAUGAGUCCCUCAGUCAAAACCGCCAUCAGCCUCCCGCUGGCCAUUGUGGUCAUCAGCUUCAUUCUGACUGCAGUGUGGUUUCAUUAUCAGAAACAGAAACUUCUAUGGGAUGAGAGUUGGAUCAUUGAUUUCAAUCAAAUCAAGCAAGAUUAUGUUGCCCGGGCAACGACUGGCAGUGUGAUGAGCGUUCCUCUGGCCAAUAGUGACUCAAAUGCCAGUUGUGUGACAGCCGUCAGCUCCUGCACUACCAACCCAAACACCCGCAAGCUACCCUACACACACACUGGGAUCUAUGAUGGACGAACAGUGGCCAUAAAGAAGAUCAGGACCAAGAGCUUCUCCCUGUCUAAGUCCAUCCGACAAGAAAUCAAACAAAUUCGAGAACUGGACCACCCAAACCUCUGUAAGUUUUAUGGAGGAUGUGUGGAGGCUCCAAAUGUAGCCAUAGUUACAGAGUACUGCCCCAAAGGAAGUCUGAAUGAUGUGCUGCUCAACGAAGACAUCCCACUGAAUUGGGGUUUCAGGUUCUCCUUUGCAACUGACAUUGCCAGGGGCAUGUCCUACUUGCACCAGCACCGCAUCUGCCACGGACGCCUCAAGUCCAGCAACUGUGUCAUCGAUGACCGCUGGGCCUGCAAGAUAACAGAUUAUGGUCUGUGGUCAUACCGGCGUGAGGAUGCUGCGGAGCCCCUGACUGUGUAUCAGCAGCGGUUGAGGGAUGUGUACCAGGCCCCCGAGAACCUCAACACACAAACAUACACUGAGCCCUCACUCGCAGGAGAUGUGUUCAGUUACUCUAUUAUCCUGCUGGAGAUCGCCACCAGAAGUGACCCAGUGCCUGUGGAUGAGAGUCCUCACGAGAGCGCUUGGUGUCCCCCGCUGCCAGAACUCAUCUCUGGGAAGACAGACAGCACCUGUCCCUGUCCAGCUGAUUAUGUGGAGCUCAUCCGUAGGUGCCGCGCCCACAACCCAAUCCAACGGCCCACCUUUGAGCAAAUCAGGAAGUUUGUGCACCGCAUCAACCCCAACAAAGUCAGUCCGGUGGACAUGAUGAUGAACCUGAUGGAGAAAUACAGUAAACACUUGGAGGUAUUGGUGGCAGAGAGAACUCAGGACCUGAUGCAUGAAAAACAGAAGACAGACCGCCUUUUAUACAGUAUGCUGCCGAGACAGGUGGCAGAUGACCUGCGCCAGGGGAAGCCUGCUGCUGCUCAGAGUUAUGUCACCGCCACGGUCUUCUUCAGUGACAUAGUGGGCUUCACCCACCUGUCCAGCAGCAGCACGCCCUAUCAGGUGGUGGACUUCCUCAACAAGCUUUACACCACCUUUGACGAUAUCAUCGACAACUACGAUGUUUACAAGGUGGAGACCAUCGGGGAUGCAUACAUGGUAGUGUCCGGCGUCCCGCUGAAGAAUGGGAUCAGGCACGCGUCGGAGAUUGCCAGCAUGGCCCUGGACCUGGUGUCCGUCUGUCGAAGCUUUCGCAUCCCACAUAAGCCCAACAGCCAGUUGGAGAUCCGUGCAGGCAUACACUCAGGUCCGGUCGUUGCUGGGGUUGUUGGGACUAAAAUGCCACGUUACUGCCUCUUUGGGGACACAGUCAACACUGCCUCCCGAAUGGAGUCUACGAGCGAAGCAAUGAAGAUCCAGUGCAGCUCCACUACUUACUACCUGCUGGAGGAGAUAGGGGGGUACCUGCUGCACUGCAGAGGUGUCCUUCAAGUGAAGGGCAAGGGUGAUAUGGUAACAUACUGGCUUGAUGGGAAACUCCCACUAACCCCCAGUAAGGAGAAGCUAUCGGCCCCCAAGCAGGAUUCGGGGUCGACCUUUGUUACCGGUAACAACAACCAAAACAACAACAGCAGCAGCAGCAGCACAGUCAGCAGACGCAGCAUCAGUGCUAGCAGCAGCACUGUAAUCUCUUAACAUGGCUUUAUCGGCUCUGCAGUCACAUUCAGACGCAACAUCAGUGCUAGCAGCAGCACUGUAAUCUCUUAACAUGGCUUUAUCGGCUCUGCAGUCACAUUCAGACGCAGCAUCAGUGCUAGCAGCAGCACUGUAAUCU